GCGAGUGUCGAGUGGAGCGCGCGAGUGGAAUGGAAUCGCGUGUGUUUCUUUCUUCCCCACUUGCCGGUGCGCGCCGCGUCGUGUUGCAUACGUGCUCUACCGUUGGUGCGCGCGCGGGAUUAGGAGAGUCGCACCAGUAGGCCACCGGCGCUCGACGCCUUUGCGUCUCUUUUUCACCGGCUCGCGCGGCUCCGACCUACCGUAAAACGAUGGUCCUCGAUCCGCCGAUAUCGCUGUGAAGAAAUGGAUCGAUCGAGAUAGAAUAAAAAUUUUUCUUUCGACACGAGUUUCUCUUUUGAAUGUAUAAUGUAUCAUUUUGGGUUUUCUCUCUCUCUCUCUUACUCUCGAGUGUGUUUGGAUCGAUCGAUGAAUAAAGAGUACGCUCUUUAAGACAACUUUUUCUUCAUAAUUCCGAGUGUUUGGAUCGAAAACUGUGAACGUUUAGUCAAUUUUUAACCCGAUUAAAGAAAGAUCGAAAGAUUGCCAGAAUCCGGCUCUACUUGAAAGAUCGCGGUUGUACACCGCUCGAUCUAUCAACUCGAGGCUCGCCCUCGAUCGCGUGACGCGGAGGAACAACUUUCGCGUCGGCAAAAUUACCUCUUCCUUCUUCGAUCGAAUUUGUUGUUAAUAACAAUUUACAAAUCGUUUGUUAGAUAGUAGUAGUUAUUAGAAAGAAUAAAGAGAAACAAUACAGAUUAUGAUGAAUAUAUACGAAAACGCAAACGAAGGAUAUUUAAAUGAGAAUUACGAAGAAUGUCAGACAAUUGAAAAAAGAAAAAAAGAAAUCAGUUAAGACAGUCCAUAAAAGUGUAAAACUUGGAAAGGAAAGAAAAGAAGAUGUUUAUCUUAAACGUUGAGAAAAAUUCGCAUAAAUUGUCCUAAAAUAAAAAAAUAAAUAAAUAAGUGUGCCGAGUGUGUCGAAACGUUUGCAUAAGUGGAAUUUUGAAAAUUGACGACUAUUUUGAAAUAACCAGACUUUCUUUCGAAAAAAUCGUGCGACUAUUCGCAAUCUAAUCUGGAAUCGAGCCAGCCAGAGUCUUUAGGCGCAAACUAUUGAGAGAAGUACGAGUUGCAUCGAGAGAAAUAUUUUUAAAAAACGCGUGCAUGGACGUUGAAAGCUUUAUCCUGUGUGCAUUGCACUGUCAUUACGGUGCACGGGAGCAAGUAAUAUCGGUGUUCCGAGGAUGAGAUUGCGGAACGAUUGUUUGGGAGGAUAACCGCGAAUUACGCGUAAGUGUCGGGAGUUUGUGACUUUCCUUCUGAUACGUUAGAAGGCGUGCAACGAGGAGGAUUGGUUAUUGCGUAUCGUAAAAUUAAUGCGUUUAACCUUCUGGGAGAAAGAGGUUAAAAAUUGUUCGGAAAUUUUGUGAAUUCGAUCGUUGAACGAUACCGAGUGAUUAUGUCAAUUUUGUUUAUAUAUUUUUUACGAGAAAAUAUCAAACAAGAUUAAGAAACUUUAAAGAGAAUUUAAAAUUAGAGUUUUUAAGGAUGAGAUAAUUUUUUUCUAGAAAUCCAGUCUCCACUCAAAAUAACGAGAUGUUAAAACAAGAGCAAAAUAAAUCUUAAGACAAUAAAUCGAUAAGCAAUUUCGAUAAAUCAAAGAACAAAUCAAUCGUUUUAUAAAUUUCGAAUAAUCGAAACAAUUUCUCUCUCCAAACCGAACAAAUAAGUAAAUAAGUAGUAAUUUUCAUCGAAUCGACGAUCAUCUUUAAUGAUAUUGAUAUAUCAAAACAAUUGUAAACAUUGGUAAAAGGAAUAUGAGAUCUUUAAAAAUUGAUUCGACGCUUAUCCACGAGCGGAUCGAAGAGAAGUAUCGAAGAGAAAGAGCGGCGGCGCCUCCAAUUCGCGGAAUACCCUCGUAACGGCGAUGACGCGCGUCGAGUAGUUAUUUCGGAUGUACAUCAUCGAGGAAGAUAGUGGGGACGACGGCGGAUGCCGUCUGAUCUCCGUCCGUCAGUGCGCCGAGGCUGACGGAGCGCGCGAGACAUCGUGUCCCGAGAAAGAGCGAUCGAGCUCCCCUCUCGACCAAGACGACGUCGACACCGCUAGCCUGCUGGACGUCAACUGUUUCCCACGUGUUCACAAGACACCGCACAUCCUCAAGAAAUCCGUCUCCCUGGAUGAGAAGAAGAGGGAUCAGUUCAAAUCGUCUCCUCGUCGUCGCGCGGACGGCAGACGGAACUCGUCCUUCGAGACGCGAAAUCAUCAGGAUGAGGAUAUCGGGCGGACGGGUAAAAUAAUCGUGGAGGAAAAUGGGUUCGACGUGGAGGAAAUCUCUGUGAAGCGAUUGUUGGAAGUUGUGGAUUGCAAGAGUGUUUACGACGACCAAGGAUACAAAACGACGGUGAACUUUCAGUACAGGGACACUCUGACGAGAUACUGUUCGAAUGGGUCGAAGAGUAUCGAGAGGGCGCGAGGGUUGAGGAGAAGCGUGUCAGCGCCUGGAAACGGGUCUUGCCAAGAGUCCGAGAACACGGACAAUACCUCGACAACCAAAGACAGCGACAGCCAAAGCACCUCGAAGGAUUGCAAGGAUACCAAAGAGUUCGCGUUCGCGAAGAAAGGUUCGAGGAGCGUUUCCUCGAGUAAAACGGAUGGCGGCCAAUCGGCCAGAUAUCGUUCGAGGACGAGCAGAUCGCAGGAAUUCGCAACCAAGACCGAGCAAUUGAUCGCCAGGAGGCAAGAUCAUUCCGGUCGAAGGGCUAGAGCCUCCUCGUUCGUGAUCGAGAGGAAGAGGUAUCGCCAGGCCGCGAUUGCAUCCUCCAAGUCGAGCGAGGAUCUGUCGAGGUGCACGUUGGGCAGCAACGAUACCUCCACGGACGCCGAUGGAAUGCGGAACAGCAACAGCGCUGUGGCGGGCGUCGACGAGAACGAAGGAUGCGUUCUGCUCGGGGUUCGAUCCCUCGAGGAGGGCCCCCAGCCGUUGUCCCCGAUCCCGCGGCAGGAGGACAGGUGCACGAGGAGGGACAGGGAGCGCGCUAGGAUCCUUAGACGGAGGAGAAUCAAUGGAAGAUCGGCCUCGGUGCCUAGAGUACACAGACGAGAAAUCAAAAUCUGGCCCACGAAAUCGGGGAAAGCUCCUUCCGAGAAGAAAUAUUCCUUUCACUCGGGAUAAAGUCAAGUACAUGAUAUACGAUUGAGUACAGUAUCGGAUGAUUUACGGUACGGGCUGAAAACACAACCCCAUCGCCUAUCGUUCCUCUUUCCUCGAUAAACGCGGCGCCGUGCAAACGUCAAGCGAGGAGAAACAACACAAAGAGAAGAAACGUUCGAAUCGAACAAUCCCCUCCCCUCCCCUCCCCUUUCCCGAAGCAUUAAAAGCGCUCGUAUCGGUUCGCAACCGCGCGAGAUAUUGCUCUCUUCCUCCUCCUACCAUUCGAGGCGCAUUCUAUUGCGCAGAGUAAAUCACGCCGCGGCAUCAACCUGCUAAAAUGCAUCGCUUUGCGCGCCCCCUGCCGCGCGCGCGCGCCACGGCUGUCACGGAUGCGAUCGCUGUGUACUUUAAGGUGCACCCACACGGGGAGCUGUGUAACGCGCCGCCUGUGAAAACGGCAACGUGGUAUUUAGACACGAACCGAUCGUCCGUUGCGAAAGUAUCUUCGGGUAUUUGCGUUGGCGAGUGCCUCGACCUGACUAGGAAUUUAUCUCGUGUGUUGUGCCGCGUUGUUUUCAACUAGAACCGUUCGCUCGCUCGCUCGCUCGCUCGAUUGUGUUUCACGUGGGUGAAAAUGAAUCGGUUGUGCGAAUCCCGGCGAGAAUCGCGUCCGUUGAGAAACUUUUUUGUUCAGGGAA